CGUUCCAGCAACUUGGGCACUUUCAAAAUGGUCGAUGUACCACGCAAUUUCCGUCUGCUGGAAGAACUUGAAGAAGGACAAAAAGGCAAGGGAGAUGGAAACAUUUCGUGGGGUUUGGAGGAUGACAGCGAUAUGACUCUCACCAGAUGGACUGCUUCCAUCAUUGGUCCACCGAGAACUCCAUACGAAUCGCGAAUCUACAAUCUGCAAAUCCAGUGCGGCGGGAAUUAUCCGCGAGAGCCACCAACCGUUCGUUUCACCACCAAAGUUCACAUGGUGGGAGUCAAUCAGAGCAAUGGAGUGAUUGAUAAGCGAAAUUUGACAACACUUCGCAACUGGAGCAAUAGUUACAUGAUCAAGACCGUGCUCGAGGAUAUCCGCAAGAACAUGAUGAUGGCCAAAGAGAAUCUGAAAUUGCAGCAACCGGCAGAGGGCGCCAUGUUCUAAAUUCUUUUAUUGAUUUUUUGUAUACCCAGUUUACUCUCCCCGGUAGUAGCUUUCCCCUCGAACUUUUCCCCCACACUUUAUUUAUAAUUAUUAUAUUAUUCGCCAUUCAAUUUCCAUGUAAAAUUUUAAAAUUUCAA